UUGAGAGGCAAGGAUCAUCAACUCUCAGUUGUUAACUUACCCAGCUAGCUCACGAUGUUCGCUCGUCUCUCUGCCUUCACCCUCACCGCCCUGGCCUUGCCUCUCCUUGCGGUCGCCAACAGCUGUUCCUCCGGCACUCUCCAGUGCUGUAACUCCGUUCAGGACCCUUCAUCCAAAGCUGUCCAAACCGCCCUAGCCGACGUCGGUGUCAACGUUGGCGAUAUUACCGUCCCUGUUGGGCUCACUUGCGACCCCAUCACCGUCAUUGGUGUUGGAAGCAAUCAAUGCUCUAGCCAGGCUGCCUGCUGCACAGGUAACAACUACAACGGAGCUGUUGUUCUAGGCUGUAACCCCGUCAACGUUGGUGUUUGAGCUAAUUUAUUCUCCCAAGUACUGCAAAAAUAUGAUCUGUUGCGUCCGUAUUCAUAAUGCC